AUGGGGGAGGAAGAUGGGUUAACCCUGAUGUGCGGUACUUGUGCCCUGCACUCUCACACCCUGCAGGCCUGUGCUGCUGUCUGUGUCGAUGCUGACGUUAAUGCCCUUCUGUCGCUGACUCAGCCCUCCCCUGGCCAGCACACCCAACUCCGUUUACCCAGCCUGGGAGCCUCCUGCGUGUCAUUGAAGUACACCAGCAAUGCCAAGGAACCCAGCACCAAGCCCAGCAGAACCCCAGUGGAAACUGACUCCCAGCCACAGAAACAGCCCUCGAUGGUCACCCUCGGCUUCCUCCUGCUCAGCCAACGCUGGAUCCGAUGUGUCACCUUACCUUCAAUUCCCUCAGCUUUUACUUUCUUGACCAGUCUGCUAUCAGGGGCCUUAUUCUUGCUGAAGCCCACGUACAGCACAAAUGCAACCUCCCAGGAGUUCCUGGAGAAAUUGCAGACAGUGAUCAAGAAAUCACCGGAGGAGACUGGGGGCUACCAGGAGGCACCCUUGGCAUACGAUGCCAUCUGGGCACUGGCCCUGGCCCUGAACAAAACGGCUCAGGAGCUGGAGAAGAAGCAGAUGCGCUUGGAUCAGUUCAACUAUCACAGUCAGAACAGGGCCAUCACUGAUGAGCUUUACAAAGCGAUGAAUUCCUCCUCCUUUGAUGGAGUCUCAGGUCACGUGGUGUUCGAUGCCAGUGGAUCUCGGAUGGCCUGGACAAUGGUGGAGCAAUUGCAAGACGCUAAAUAUGUGAAGAUUGGUUACUACGACAGCACAAACGACAACAUGUCUUUCUUUGGCACUGACCGAUGGUUUGGUGGGACCCCUCCUCCUGACCAUACCAAGGUCAUCCCGACUUUCCGAUACUUAUCCCAGAAGCUCUUUGUGUCGGUGUCCGUGCUAGCUGGGCUCGGGAUUUUGCUGGGAAUCAUCUGCCUCACAUUUAACAUCUACAACAGUAACGUGCGGUACAUUCAGAACUCCCAGCCCUACCUGAAUAACAUGACGGCAGUGGGCUGCACCCUGGCCCUGGCGGCUGUAUUCCCCCUCGGAUUAGACGGUUACCACAUCCACCAGUGGCACUUCCCUCUGGUUUGCCAGGCUCGAGUGUGGUUACUAGGCCUGGGCUUCAGCCUAGCUUAUGGCAGCAUGUUCACCAAGAUCUGGUGGGUCCACACCGUCUUCACCAAGAAGGACGACAAGAAAGAGAAACGGAAACACCUGGAGCCCUGGAAACUCUACGCCACGGUCAGCGUGCUGCUGGCCAUCGACGUCCUCACACUGGCGGUCUGGCAAAUCGUCGACCCUCUGCACCGCACCAUCGAGGAGUUCUCUAAGGAGGCCCCAGCUGGGGACCAGGGUGUCCUGAUCCUGCCCCAACUGGAGCACUGCAGUUCCAACAAGAUGAACACGUGGCUCGGGAUUGUCUAUGGAUACAAGGGCCUGUUGCUCCUCCUCGGGAUAUUCCUGGCCUACGAAACGAAGAGCGUUUCCACGGAGAAGAUCAACGACCACCGGGCAGUGGGGAUGGCCAUUUACAACGUCGCUGUGCUCUGUAUGAUCACCGCCCCAGUCACCAUGAUAGUUAGCAGUCAACAGGACGCUGCCUUUGCCUUCGCUUCCCUCGCUGUUGUCUUCUCCGUCUACAUCACCCUGGUGGUCCUGUUCGUCCCCAAGAUGCGGAGGUUGAUCACCCGAGGAGAGUGGCAGUCUGAGCAGCAGGACACCAUGAAGACAGGCUCCUCCACCAACAACAACGACGAGGAGAAAUCGCGGCAGUUGGAGAAAGAGAACCGCGAGCUGGAGAAGAUCAUUGUUGAGAAAGAAGAGCGGAUCCUGGAGCUCCGUCAGCAGCUCCAACAGAGGCAGCAGCAGCAGCUCCGCUCGCGCCGUCGCCCCUCCGGCGCUGCCAAGGAGAACCACACCGACAACCACCACUACACGGGCAACUCGUCGGCGGGGACCGUCUCCUCCCUGUACCAGGCCAACCCGCCCCUGGUGCAGCGCCUGGCCUCCUCCGAGCAGCCCGCCGACAAGCUGGGCAGAAACAACUGCGACGGCAGCCGGCUCCACCUCCUCUACAAGUGAUGGGCCGGACUGACGGGGC